AUGGCGUCUUCCAUCUCGCCCUCGUCCUCAGAUGAUGAGUGGUAUGCUUAUCGCUUUGAUUUUCAAGACCGCCAGUUUCUUUUUGUCCGAAACCUCGGCGCGGGCAUCGAGUCGGUUGCCCAACUCGUCAUCGAUGUCGAUACGGGCGAGCGACUCGUCCGCAAGGUAGCUGCCAAGCGAUGCUCGAAGACAACCCAGACCACAAAAGCCAACAACCUCUCGGCCCUCGGCCUCACAUCCCUCGGACUCAAGCCCAACGAGUUCCAGGUCCUCGACGCAAUCCAGCGCAACUUCACCGCGCCCAAGCCCGGCCUCCUAUGCAACAUCGUCGAGUGCUACGGCCAUGAGUACCUGCCGUCGAACCACACGACACCCGACGGGCAAACCAAGACUUACUCAGUGUCAUACUGGAAGCUCUACAACGGCGAGUCCAUCAACUCUCGAUGGCUCGACCGGGACGAAACCAUCACGGCCCCCCCUAUCACAAUCAUCGCCCGCAUGCUCCGGCAGGUGUUAUGCACCCUGCAUUACCUGCACACUGCUGGUCCACGUCCGAUGCUCCAUCAUGAUACCCAUUUUGGGAAUGUUUGGAUUCAUUGGCCUGAGGCUGAAUACGCUCUCCCUCAGUUCUACCUUGGCGACUUCGGCGUAGCUAGGUACCUCGCCGAGCCGCACCAAACACGCAUCGAGCGCCCCCUGCACUUCUACGCCGACUCCCGCGAGCCGCUCCGCGAUCUCUCCAUCAUCCGCGGCAACCUCUACGGCUUGUCCAGGGUUCUCUUCCUUCGAUCCUACCACAGCGACGGGCUCGCCCACGCAGUCGAGGUCCGCCAGUUCAUCAACCACAUUAUCAACGCCACGUCGGAGGUGAUAUCGCGCUGGGUUGACGCCAAUUUUAAGAAAGAUACUCCGCCGCCUGGGAUGGAAGGCUUGAUUGAACUCGUGGCGUCGUACGAGAACGAGUAUGGCAAGGGCGGACCCAAGGAUGAGACAAAAGGCAAGGGGUACAAGAAGUUUAUGAAGGCCGAGAGGGCCAAGGCUAUGGAGGUCACUAAAGAACGCGCGUUCCGUGUGAAGUCUAGCGCCCUGAUCGGACUCCAACCCGGAGAGACGGUAAUCGAAAACAAAACCGGUCCUGAGCUACGUCCGCUUCGCCGACAGGACCUAACGCUACCCAUCCACGGCCCUUGGCAACUUGUCACCCUCGACGGACGCCCUGUCGAAGGACCCGGGGCUAUCUGGCACCACCGCCCGGCCAUGUCCGAGCUGCACGACGGA